GCUGCUUUUCCCAAGUUUUGUGCUCAGCUUGGCUCGCCAUGAAAGAGCUGGAGCUGCGGCAUUCCGCGGCGCUGGCGAGAGUCACCGUGCACGUGCCCUCGCCUGCCCAGAAGUUUGGCAUUUUGGCCUGCUUCAUUGCUCUCCACGGUGUAGCGCUUCAAUUUUGCAUUUCGACUUCGGGCGAGGCCCACCAGGCAGCCGUCCUAAAAAUCAGGAAGCUCAACAGAGAGCAUUUCCUGAAUGGCACAAAGGAGGAGGACAAGCUUCCACAAGAGUUACCCUCUGAGUGGGCACCCAACCCUUGGGCGAGCGCGUCCCUCUUCGCAACGAUUACUCUUCACGUCUUCUUCCACUUGCUCUGCCAUUGGAAGGUAGGCUUUCGUGCCCGGGCGCUUUUCCAACCAGCUCGAACAGUGCGGGAGGGCUACUACGUACAGGUCAGGCCUCUGCCGCACCGGGGCCACCCAGCGCUUGUGCCGCUCAAGUGUUGUGAGACGACUCUUCGGCUCACCUUCAUUUUUCAGCGCCAGCAUUAUGAAUACCUGGAACCAGGUGAAGGCGGCACUGAUGUGGAUGAAGACGUGGGCGAAGUUCGGCUCACCCCUUGUCCUGUCGACCAGCCUUUGAGAAAGUACUUCGAGGGCACCGGCCUGAGCGGCGAUGAUGUCGAGCACCUCAAGAGUCGCUUUGGCGACAACUUGCUGGAGGUGCAGCUGCCAUCCUUCAUGCAGUGCUACAAGGAGCAGUUGCUGUCUCCGCUGGUCAUGUUCCAGGUCUUCGUGGCCCUUUUGUGGGCAGCUGAUGACUUCUUCGAAUACACAUUGAUGCAAUUGUUGUUCAUCUUGGGCUUGGAGUCCACCAGUGUCUUCCAGCGCCUGAAGACCAUGAAGAUGCUGAACAGCAUGGGGACCAAGUCCUACGGCGUCAUGGUGUACAGAGGCAAGCAGUGGGUCGAAAAGAGCACGGCAGAGCUGGUUCCAGGGGACCUCAUCGAGCUGGUGACAGCAAGCAGUGGCCAGGCACCCACCACGCCGGAGGAAAAGGUGGCGCCCGACAUUGUGCCCUGCGACUGCGUGCUGAUCCGCGGGGAGGCAGUCGCCAGCGAGGCGAGCCUUACUGGGGAGUCUGCGCCGCAGAUGAAGGAUGCCUUGGCCUUUGAGGACAGAUGCCUAGAGCUCCACGGGAGUGACCGUGUACACUGCCUUUUCUCAGGCACACGAAUAGUUCGUGCACUGGAAGGGAGCAAAGAGGUGGAGAACGCAGGGCAAGAACAUUUCGCGGUGUCGCAGGUGCCAUCAACACCGAACCAGGGCUGCCUGGCCUACGUUGUCCGCACCGGCUUUGCCUCGUCCCAGGGACAACUCUUGCAGAUGAUCGAGUUUUCCCAGGACAAGGUCUCUGGGGACACGAGGGAGGUCAUUGUAGCGCUGCUGAUCCUUCUUGCUUGCGCUCUGGUGGCAGCAGGCUAUGUGCUCAAAGUCGGCUUGGAAAAAGGGGACAAAACGCCUCAUGAGUUGCUGAUAAAGUGUGUGCUAAUCCUCACCGCUGUGGUGCCAAAGCAGCUUCCAAUCCAGACAGCCAUGGCGAUCAACACAGCCCUGGUGGCCCUCUCGCGAGCGGGAGUGUUUUGCACAGAGCCCUACCGUAUUCCACUUGCUGGCAAGCUCACUCACUGCCUGUUCGACAAGACGGGCACGCUUACUACGGACACACUGGUGCCUGUGGGUGUCGUCAAUGGCACUAGCACACCUGGCUCCGACGGACAUGUGACCAAAGUGAAGGUGUGUGAAGCAGAAACCACAGCCGCUCUGGUGCUGGCAGCUUGCCACUCCUUGGUCCAAGUUGAUGGCAAUCUCUCGGGAGACCCAAUCGAGGUGGCCGCUCUUGAGGGUAUUGGGUGGUCCUACGACUCCCAGGCGGAGACAGCAUCGCCACAUUCACAAAAGGAGGAUGCCAGCCAGCAAGGCAUCACAUCAGUCCACAUCCUGCAGCGCUUCCACUUUGCCUCGCACCUGCAACGAAUGGCCGUGAUCGUGCAGGUCUCAGCUAAAGCUGGCUGUGCGCUGCAAGAAGGCUCAGGAUGCUACGUGCUGGUAAAAGGGUCACCGGAGGCAGUAAAGAAGCUCCUCAAAGAAAAUGCAGCUCCUGAGUGGUAUGACAAGUGUCACACCGACCUGGCCGAGCGUGGCCUUCGGGUGCUGGCACUUGCAUACAGACGGCUUUCCAAUAGCAACAAGCUUACUCGCGAGGAGGCUGAGCAGCAGCUGUCCUUCGCGGGAUUUAUUGCCUUUGAGUGCCUGGUGCGGAAAGACUCAGCGCUGGUGGUCGGAGCCUUGAAGGAGUCUGACCACAAGGUGAUUAUGGUUACUGGCGAUUCCCCGCUGACCGCACUUCACAUAGCGCGAACUUGUAGCAUUUCAGAUGGGCACCUGCCCGGCUUGCUGCUGUCCAAGGCUGACACAGGGGCCGAAUGGGUUGUGGCCACAGGAAGCAAAAGUGGCGAGCGCUUGCCGCUCAGCCCAGACAACUGGGGGAAUCUGGCCAAAGAGUAUGCCCUGAUGACGACAGGAGAAGCAUUGGAUGCGGCAGUGGCCCAGGAGCCCAGUGUUUGGAAGCAUGUGGACGAGAUUCGCGUCUUUGCCCGCAUGACUCCUCAGGGCAAGGCCAAAGUCAUUGAAGAGCUCCAGAAGCUGCAGAGGCACAUUCUGAUGUGCGGGGAUGGUGGCAAUGAUGUCGGCGCACUAAAGCAGGCUGAUGCCGGUUUGGCACUUUUGGCAGGCUACGGAAAUGUCAACACCGCCGACAACAACGACAUUGAUGAGGAACCACCUGAAGAAGAGAAGCAGAACGAGGCGGAGGUCGCACUGAAUCAGCGCGACGCCGAGCUGGCCAAGAAGAACCGGAAGGCUGCGAAGGCUCGAAAAGACUUCCUGUGGCAGAAGCAGAAGAACCUGGCCGAACUACAACGGCAGUGGCUGGAAGAGGAGAUGGAUGCCCGUGCCAAGAGAGGUGAAAGCGGACUGAUGUCUCAGGCAGGAGCCAUGAAGUCCUCAAUGGGGCGCUACACUGAAGAGCUGAAGCGAGUGAUGAAGGAGUACGACAAGACGCACGGCAACGUGUAUGAUGAGGGCAAGGACAAAAAGGAAGAUGGCCUGGACUUGAAGAAUCCGGCCGCAGCACUUGGCGGACUGGAAGAGGCUGGUGGCCUCCCAAUGGUCAGGCCUGGUGAUGCCUCCAUCGCAGCUCCUUUCACUACCAAGGACCUCCGUAGAGUCCUUCAAAAUGGUUUUCGCGCCCUUUCGGGCCUCUUUGGAUGGACGAAUGGGACGAAUGGCAAGGCCCCUUCGGUGAAGAAUUGCGUGGACUUGAUUCGACAAGGGCGCUGCACACUGUUGUCCGCACUCCAACAACAGCAAAUCAUGAUGUUGAAUUGCAUCAUCAACGCCUACGUACUGUCCGCCCUGUCUCUGGAAGGAUCUCGCUCUUCUGAAAGGCAGAUGAUGGCAUCAUCAUGGCUUCUGACGACAGCCUCAUUGGCCUUCACUUAUGCAAGUCCUUGUGACCGCAUGCAUCCUGUUCGACCACUGCGAUCCCUUUUUCAUCCUGCCGUUUUCAUCUCCAUGCUGGGCCAGGCGGCCAUACACUUGUUCUGUAUGGUCACCGCGGUGAAAAUGGCUCGUGCGGCGAUGGAAGAGGACUCCAUGGAAAGACUAGCAGGUUGGUCUGGACCUUCGCUGAAGGAUGUCUCGGACUUCUGGAAGCGAGAGAGGGCUAGGCGACGUGGGCUCAUUGAGCAGGAAGAGGAGCAGGACUGGACUCAAUAUGCAUUGUCCAUGUGGACCAAGCCUUUUCUGCCAAACUUGAUGAACACCAUCGUGUUCCUGGUGGAGACCGCACAGACAGCCGCGGUUCUGUUUGUGAAUUACAAGGGCCAGCCGUGGAUGAAAGGAGUCAUGGAGAAUCGUGCCCUGUUUCUGUCCGUCUUGGUGGUGUCUGGAGCUGUCGCUGCAGCGGCGUGGGAGUUUCAGCCACAGCUGAAUGAGAUGAUCCACUUGUCGCCCUUCCCCAGUGAUGAGUUUCGCUGGAAGGUCAUGAGCCUUGUGGGGCUUACCUUGGUGGGGACCUUUGUUUGGGACAGACUUUGCAUCUUCUUCUUUGCCCCAGAGAUCUUCAAGGCCAUGAUGGACUCCGCCAAGAGGACGACCUUUCGCAACGACAUUGUGCCUAUCUUCGUGACGGUGGGCAAGGUCGCUGGCGUCUUCGUCAUUCUUGGCACGGGGAAUUUGCUCAUGGCCGGCUUAGCCUACUGGAUGUACCGACGGCAUUCCCAAGAGCCUGAAGAAUGAGUGAGGUCGUCAAACAUCUGAGGCACCGGUCUCGUGACUCUGACGUCAAAGUGCCAUCAGUGCUCGUUGGA